GCUGACUCCAUGCUGUUUGUGCCGCAACUGUAGGCAGCAGACAUGCUCCAUCUGUCUAUCCUCCUCCUGCAUCAGUCCAUUCAUCCAUCCCAGUCUAUUAUGUGCUGACAUGCCGCGUGGAGCUUUACGUCGGCACCUCACACGAGGAUGAAAAUGCUCCGCUUCCGCAGCCCCAGCAUCCGCUCCCUGGAGAACCACCAGGAGAUCCCAUGUACCAUCCGUUUGCUGGACGACUCUGAAAUCUCCUGCAGCAUCCAGAGAGAGACAAAAGGCCAGUUUCUGUUUGACCAUGUGUGCAAUCACUACAACCUCCUCGAGAAGGACUACUUUGGCAUUCGCUAUGUGGAUCCAGAGAAACAGAGGCACUGGCUGGAGCCGAAUAAAGCUGUGGUUCGACAGAUGAAGUCCCUGCAACCCUUCACCAUGUGCUUCAGGGUCAAAUUUUAUCCACACGAGCCAAUGAAGAUCAAAGAGGAGCUCACAAGGUAUCUUCUGUACCUCCAGCUGAAGAGAGAUGUGUAUCACGGCCGCCUCCUCUGUCCUUUUGCGGAAGCUGCGUAUCUGGGCGCAUGCAUUGUGCAAGCCGAGCUGGGUGACUACGACCCGGAGGAGCAUCCGUCCGACUAUAUCAGAGACUUUAGGCUGUUUCCCAAACAGUCGCUCAAAUUGGAACGGAAGAUCAUGGAUAUACAUAAGACUGAGCUCAGGGGCCAAUGUGCUGCCUUAGCAGAACUCAACAUGCUCCAAAGGGCCCAUAACCUUGAAACAUAUGGAGUUGACCCUCAUCCAUGCAAGGACUUCACUGGUUCCACAGCGUUUCUCGGUUUCACAGCGACAGGUUUUGUGGUCUUCCAGGGAAACAAGAGGAUCCAUCUUCUCAAAUGGGCCGAUGUCAGUAAACUCAAGUUUGAAGGGAAAACAUUUUAUGUCAUCGGCAUUCAAAAAGAGAUAUCCUUAACAGGCAGGAUACACUGUAACAAGAUGAAGAAACUGGUGUUGACAUUCCACACCUCGACCCCUGCAGCGUGUAAGCACUUGUGGAAGUGUGGGGUGGAGAAUCAGGCCUUUUACAAGUGUGCAAAGUCAAGUCAGAUUAAGACCAUGUCAAGUAGCAACAUUUUCUUCAAGGGCAGCAGGUUCCGAUACAGUGGAAGAGUAGCUAAGGAAGUAAUAGAAGCCAGUUCUAAAAUUCAGAGAGAUCCACCUGAAGUGCGCAGGGCAUUGUUUGGUCAGAGUCGAAGUUUUAGCUCUUUGAGCCAUAAAAACCUCAUCAUGAACAUGGAACCUCUGUUACCAGCCCUGCCCUCCACUAACGAGUAUGACGAAGCAGUCACAGAAAACGGCUUUGUUGCUCUGAAGGACUCGGCUGUAUUGUCUCCACUCACACAUACAGUUGCUCAUGCGGACCAGCAAAAAAGCAUGGAUGGCGCAAAUACUGCAUCACAACCUCCACCUUCUCAUGUUGCCAUGGAGACCAUAAGUAUCCGACCUCAGACACCCAAAGCGGGAACCCAGAUGGAUGAGGUCGAUGAGGAUGACGAUGCUGAAGGAGCACGGACCAUCUCUGAGCUUGUUUACAGUCCUUGCGCCAGCAUGCUUCCCACACCGGUGGACGAGAGCCAAGGAAAUGUGGAACUACUCUUCUCUUCGCCGGUCCAAAGCCCCGCCAGGCUUCUGAGGGAGCUCCAUGCCGACCCCGACAUCCAGGCCCAGCUGGAAGCUGAGAGAGAGCGUGACAGGGCCUUCGAGCGUACACGGCAGGCAGCGAGGCGAGGCGGCGGCGGGGUCCUUAGCCUGCUGUCUUCCAACUCCCAGAUCAACGCAUGCGUGUUAAGCAUAGCCCGACUGGUCGCCGCGCUCACUGGAGUCCUGAUGGUCACCGUGCCCACGCUGCUGCUGUUGCUUGAGUCCGACCUGGACGUAUCCUUCCUGCACGAGAUCCGCCAAACGCCAGAGUUCGAGCAGUUCCACUAUGAGUACUACUGCCCUCUUCGCCGCUGGAUCGUGUGCAAGUUCAGCAUGGCCAUGGAGAACCUGUGGUCUGACUGAACAUGGAAUGGGAAAGCACUGAGGCCAAUAGGCAUAAAGAGUGAAGGUAUCACUUCAGGGAAAAUAAAAUUGUUGCCCAAACAUCAGUCUUAUAUGGAGCCUUAAACAUGAUAUGGGGGGGAAAAGUGAUUAUUUUUGCUUUGAAAUUUGGGUAACAGUUAUUUGAAUGUGUUCAUGAGACCGUCAUAAUUAUAACAUGACAUCUGUCCCAAUUUCAUAAACAUGAAUUAAAAUUCUUAUGAUAGAUGCCAUUCUGUCUCAUUCGGUAACUUUUGUCACUUUUGGUGCAAACUUGACAAAACGGCUUCAGUUGUAUUUGAAUGGAGACAAUUCCUAAUAUUUUCACUAUCAUGUCACUGAUCAAGGGAACCAAAAUACUUUUAGGAGAAGCCUCCAUUCAAAUAUAACUCCUAUCAACUUUGCAUCAAAAGUGACUUUUUUUUUUUUCCACUAAACUGUCAUAAUGUCAGGUGUCGUGUCAUAAUUAAGAUUUAUACACUUAUACACUGAAAAUUUGUAAUGUCAAUCAGAUUAUUUUUCUUAAAUCUUGUCAAAUUUUCUCCAUAUUUUUUGACUGUUAAGGACUAGUUAACAGAUUAAUUCAUCAGAUUAUUCCACUUUAAGUGAAUAUUACUAUCUGUUCUUAAGGUCACCACACAUCUAAAAUUUGGUACUUUUUCACCUAAAUCAUGAAAAAAAUCCUUUCAAAUAAUGUUUUGAACAAUCUCUAUUCUUGAACUAAGAACAUUUCUGGCACACAAGCUUUUUUCUUUAAGAUUUAAUAUACUAAUAUUGCUAGAAAAUAAGCCUGUUAAGCUUAUUUUAAACCAACCAUUUUUCUUAUCUCAAGACAUCUAAGUAAAAUUUACUUGACGCACUGGCAGAUAAUUUCACUUAUUUCUAGUGGAUCUACAUUGAAACAAGGGAAUUUAAUUAGUUUUAAGGAGGUUGUUUUUGCAGUGUAAUUUCACAUUAAAAUAAAGUAUUAUCAAAAUUAGGUAUUUGUGGCCACAAAUUACGUAAAAUGUGAACAUCGAGUUCAGGUAUGGGUUUAAUAUUAUCCCGAUGAACAGUCCCAAAAAUCUGUUUUUACACAAAGUCCCAGUCAUGACGCAGGGAAAAUGCACAUAAGAAAUAUACAUUUGUGCCCACAAAUGAAAUGUAACAUGUCUACACCCCAAGUCUGAUUACUAGCCAAUUAUAACCUGUUGCGAAAUACUAAUUUGUGCCCAUGUAUUAGGUAAGACAGCUAUACAAAUACAUUAAUGUGUAGAUUUAAUAUAAUUUCUAUGAACAACUUGAAUAUAGGCUUGGGACUGUAUCAGAUUUUGACACUACAAUAACCUUCAGUAAAAAUAUUGCAAUAUCACAGUAUUGUGAUUGCAGCUAUAAAAUGUAUUUGUUUUUUUAUAUAUUGAGUUAACAAAUGGUAAACCAUAUAUUCCUUGUAGGGAUGUCCAGAUCGCAAAUUUUUGCGUUCGAGUUACCCGAGUCACCUGAUUUUGAGAAUCGAGAUGACGAGUCCCGAUCCGAUAUUUUUAAAAAAUUUUAACA